CAGCCCGGUACCGAUGAACAACCGGUAGCGCUGUGAAGAGCUGUAUGGUUGCCUGUUGUUUGUAGCUUUGUCCGCUAAUCCCCGCGUGAAACGUGCAAACAUCAUGCCUUUCGAUGUUAGGAGAUUCGAUAUCUACAGGAAAGUGCCAAAAGAUCUCACCCAGCCCACAUACACAGGAGCUUUCAUUUCCAUUCUCUGCUGCGUCUUCAUACUCUUCCUGUUCCUGUCUGAGCUGACGGGAUUCAUAGCCACUGAAAUUGUAAAUGAACUGUAUGUGGAUGAUCCUGAUAAAGACAGUGGUGGGAAGAUAGAAGUGAGUUUAAACAUCAGUUUGCCAAACUUACACUGUGAUUUGGUGGGUCUGGACAUCCAGGAUGAGAUGGGCCGCCACGAGGUCGGUCACAUAGACAACUCGAUGAAGAUCCCCCUCAACCAGGGCGACGGGUGUCGCUUUGAGGGAGAGUUCACCAUCAACAAAGUACCAGGAAACUUCCAUGUGUCGACACACAGUGCUACAGCGCAGCCCCAAAGCCCUGACAUGACCCACACCAUCCACAAGCUGGCCUUUGGGGAAAAGCUCCAGGUACAAAAAGUACAAGGAGCCUUCAACGCGUUAGGAGGAGCUGACAGGCUGUCCUCUAACCCUUUGGCCUCGCACGACUACAUCCUGAAGAUUGUCCCAACAGUGUACGAAGACCUAUCAGGCAAACAGAGGUUCUCCUACCAGUACACAGUAGCCAACAAGGAGUACGUUGCUUACAGCCACACGGGCAGGAUCAUCCCGGCCAUCUGGUUCCGAUACGACCUCAGUCCAAUCACAGUCAAGUACACAGAGAGGAGGCAGCCUUUGUACCGCUUCAUCACAACGAUCUGCGCCAUCGUUGGCGGGACGUUCACGGUCGCAGGAAUCAUCGACUCCUGUAUAUUCACCGCUUCAGAGGCCUGGAAGAAGAUCCAGAUAGGAAAAAUGUCAUGAGGACUGCCCCCCACCCCUCCCCGCAUCUUAUUUAUAAGUGCAGAGUUGCUAGCCUGUUAGCUAAAUCCAGUCCCCGCUCAAACCAGCUUCCUUUUGGAGAUUGUAUCAACGUGACCAAUGAAGCGGCUCCGGCACUCGAUCUAACUACCAGGCUACACAGCUGCCUCUCAGUUACUUAAGGUCCUCCAGGGCUCCGUCUCCUCUUGUGACGCGUGGACGCUGACUAUCACAUGUCUGCUUCCUGCGUCUUCAGUGACAGGAGAGGAGAUGGAGGAUUCUGUUACCAUGGGGAUGAAGUCUUGGUCAUGGUUCAACCAGUUUGGGUAUUUGAAGGCUGCACCUUUUUUUUUCCUUUUUUUUUUUAAGAAUCAUGUAUAUUUGUGCUGAUAUUCAAUUUUUUUAAAAAAACUGACACAAAUUAUUAAUUGGGAAAUUAGAAUUUAUGGCUGAAUGACAUUAAGGGAGAAUUUCAGGCGGGUGUAUUGAUCAGCCGGUGCCAAAAGGAGUGAUGAUUUGAAGGAAGUGUUCUGGGUUAUAAACCUGUGUUAUAUGGCAUAGACAAGACUGAAGCAGUUUGAUAAUUCACACUGUCCAUAAAACUAUAUUUAGCACGAUGUGACCUUUUUUUCAGCCCAUCCACUCGACCUGCAGUAUUCAAACUGUGCCUUUAGGUUUCCUGUCCCAGCGUACAGGAUCAUCAUCUGUCUGUCCGUCUGUUUCAUCGGCUGCCGCUAAAACCAGUAUUUUCAAGUUCUCGUGCGUGUUACAGCUUGGGGUACCUGUGUUCAUUCACAUUUUAGAGAUUCUUUUCAGUACAGUGAUCAUUCUUUACAUUUCACUCUGUUUAUACCAAAUCUUUCAUCAGCACUUCUCAACGUCUCAGCAUUUUCCAUUCCAUUUCCAUUAUUGCAAAGAAUAUAGCCUUGUUUUUGUCAAAGAGAUAAAAUGAUUUAGUUAAUUUUUUACGCCGUACGUGGCUUUGUUUACUCGCUGUGUUUCCUUGAAGUUGUAAAUUUUGGUUUUGUAAGAAGAGAACUUGUAGGCCAAGAUGUUUUUCCUCUUUAGUCAUUUUCUUUUCUUUUCUACUGUUGUGUAAAAGACAUCUCUGAUCAAGCACAGUGAUAGUCACAAGCCCUCAGAACUGGUCUUUCUACUGUCAUCCAUUUCCUGAUUCGUCUCAGAUUACUCUGUAAUGCCAUGUGUCCCAUGAGUAAAGGCACCAUAGAAAUCA